AUUUCAUUGUCUUGCCCAUCCGGAUGUUGAACUCCGCAGGCUAUUAAAGCAAAACGCACUGUACUUCCCACCCAAAGCAAAUUCCUUCGCACGCCGACCCGCGGCGCCUCCAUCUUCUGUGCAUUCCAUCUUGAAGAGCGAGAGGAUCACCUUCUUUUCAUCGGAAUAUAAACACACUUUAUAUUUUGGAAAAACACUGUAUAGGUUUUGUGGAAGAAUAUUAUGCAGGGAAACAAGAUGUUGGAAGAAGCAGUGAAGCAGGUGGCGAACCGAGUCCGCGGCGCGCUCUGGGGAAUGUACAUGGGCGACGCCCUGGCCAUGCCGGUGCACUGGUACUACGACCGGAACCGGCUGCGGCGGGAUUUCGGGCAGAUCACCAAGUACGAAAAAUCGGUCCCCGAGUUCCCCGGCAGCAUCAUGAACCUUUCGAACACGGGCGGCGGCGGGCGCGGCAGCGACCAGGGGAGCAUCAUCGGGGACGUGAUUCUCCACGGCAAAAAGAAGUACUGGACGCGGGGCGGAAGCUACCACUACCACCACGGCAUGGAGGCGGGGGACAACACGCUGGACACCAUCCUCGCGCGACUACUCGUGAAAACCAUGGCGGACAACAAAGAGCUGAUCACGCAGGAGUAUCCUGUGCAAAAGUAUCGUGCUCGUAGUAAUUGCAUUUAUGCAAUACAAAUCGCUUUCUCAAGGCAAAUCAGCAUUACAAUUUGCAGUGCUGGGCUAUUUUGUAAUGCAUUUAUGCGAGUGCGAUACUUUUGCAAUCCAUAAGGAGCAGCGCCCAACCAAACUGGUCGACGCCUACCUGGAGCUGUACGUAAAGUUUAUGACCACCCCGGACUCUAUGGAAGCGUCAGGUUUGAAAUCGACAAAGUUGAAAUGACUUGUCAUGCACAAAAUGCAAGGCAUGAAGUGCCAGUCUUGCCGGGACGGCAAGUGAGGCCGCCUGUCAGCCUGUUUAGGGUUUGAAAUAGAGCUGCUAAAGUAGCAUGACAAAAGCAGUCGCCUGUGACCAAACAGCAUGACAAAUUCGAUUAUGGUUCUCGGGAAAUCUGUCAUGCACCGCUUAGAAAUUGGGCUUUCAACUGGUAUCGAUUUUAUGCAUUACAAGUUACUUAUUUCAACUUUGACGAUUUCAGUCCUGACGCUUCCAUAGACUCGCACAAAGACGUCUACGCCGCCACGGCGCACCGCAUGUUCUUCGCAAACUGGAUAUUGAGAGGAAAAAUCCCCCCUCCCCAUAUCAAAACGGAAAUCUGUGAUGCAGAUUUGUUGUCACAAAUCAGCUUUGUCAUGCUACACGGGAAAAGAUGCGGACUGUAGUGCUGGGUGGCGUGGGGGAGCCUUGCGUCUUCAGCAUGAUAGGAGGCAGCUGAGAGUGGGAAACAGCAUGACAAAUUGCCUGCAAACGAGACCACGACUGCGGCUCUUGGCCUUCUAGCAUGACAAGUCGAUUUGGUGCCUCAAAUCCUGCAUCACAGAUUUCCAUUUCGAUAUGGGGAGGGGGGAUUUUUCCGUUUGAUACUGGAUAAAAAAGCUCCCGCUGCGGGAAUGCGCCGACAACGACGGACACAACACCGACUCCAUCGACGGUACUUUGUUUUGAAAUCUUCACAUAUGAAAGAAAAUAUGACGCCGGGCACCUUCUUUCUGAGACAGGCACCAUGGGCGCUACUUGAGCCACGCACUACUUAAGAUAUGGCACUACUUAAUCCACGCACUACUUAAGCCACGCACUACUUAAGCCACGCACUACUUAAGCCACGCACUACUUAAGCCACGCACUACUUAACACGGCACUGCUUAAAGAGAUAGGCGCGUCACGCACUGCUCAAGACCGGCACUACUUAAGACCCGCACAGUACUUAAUACCGGCACUUCUACAAUUGAAGACCCGCACUAGUUAAUCCAGCGUGUUGCACGACACUAGCGAAGCGCUGAAGCGAUGACUUUCUCGCACCCGCGCCAGACAAGUAGACCUUGACACUAUAUGCUUUUCAACAAUUUAAGGUAUGAUCAAUGUGAUCCCGUUUACGCUGGUUCGCGUGCUCGCCAAACCGGACGCAGACCGCAAUCUGUGGAUCACGGACAUUAUCAACGCGUUGCGCAAUUCGGACGAGCUGCCCCAGUGGGGGCGGCUGUACGACGAGGUGCUCGGUCGCGUGCUGCUCGGCGAGAAACUGCGCCCGGCGAUCGAGAAGGUUGCGGCCAUGAUCAGCCCCCAGCUGCCGCGCAUGCUGCAGAAGAGCGUGGGCACCGCCGCGGACGCGGAUCCCAUGACCGCGUGCUACAUCCACUCUUCCUUCCCGGCCAUGCUGGUAUUCGCCUACAAGUACGCAGACAACCCCAAGGCCGCGCUGCUCGCCAGCGCGAACGCCGGCGGGGAAAACGUGAACCGCAGUGCUAUCCUGGGCGCGCUGAUGGGCGCGGCGCACGGGCCCGACUUUGAUUUGUCAUUGAAGCAGGGGUUGGUACACGCAAAGGAAUACGAAACGGAGAUCGAGCAGUUUGUGUCCACGUUCAGCCGCGGGGGCCCGGCGGCGAAGACCGCCCAGGCAAGGUCGGAACUGUAGUGAGUCGAAGGCGGCGGGUGAAGAGAGGGCCGGUUUUUUUUUCGCUAGCGAUGAAAGAUGUUUGUUUAUUGGGUAAUUGUGUGCAGAAGGCUGAAAGUCGACAUUUUCAAAAAAGCACUUUUAUACGGUGUAAGUCUGUAGAGGCGGCCUACCUUCGAAAUUAUCGCGCCACCUGCUUACGCUGUGGCGCUGAAAGACAUGACGCGGAGGUGAGGUAGUUUCACUUAGAAUGUCGCCAGAGCAGAAGCGGCAUGCACAUAGUUAACUACGUUAUUGUGAGUGUACAACUUCUUGUGAUUUUGAUGCGGACGAACUCGGCCCUUCGUCUGACGAAUGGUUGAGCGAGUGCAGAAGAUUUUCGGACAUUCAUACGGACACAAAGUGUACAAUUGGACAUUUGUGCAGGCGCUCUCUGGCAAUGAAAAAAAACUUUUAAAGCCGAAGUACUUAU